AAGGCAACACCAUCGACUGCAGUGAGCGCAUGCAUAGUGGUUCAGUACACAAGAGAGAGAGCACUGUUCUUCAAACUGUAAACGUCUAUCGCCAGAUCAAAGAUGGACUGUGGAAUCUUCACAUCUAAAACUGUGCUGCUGUUCAUCAGCCUUAUAUUUUGGGCUGCAGGAGCGGCGUUGGCCUUUGUAGGAGCAUCUGUCAUCAAAAGUGUCGAUAAUUUUGAGAACUUCCUGGCCGACAAGUACACCCUCAUUCCUGCGGUCAUCAUCAUCUGUGUGGCUGUUCUGAUGUUUAUAAUUGGGAUUGUGGGAUGUUGUUCCACUUUAAGUGAGUCAAAGCUCGGGUUAGGCUUUUUCCUGAUCUGCAUACUGAUCAUCUUCGCAGCAGAAGUGGCUGCUUUAGUCUGCGGUUUCAUCUACAUGGGAAGGAUAAAUGGAAGCCUAGAGAAAUCGAUGACCACUGUGUUUGAGAAAUAUGAUGGACAGAAUCCAGAGAGUCGGACCGUGGACCUUCUGCAGUCUCAGCUUCAGUGCUGCGGUGUCAGCAACUACACUGACUGGACCAGCAUGCCCUGGUACAGCUCUCACAACAACACCGUGCCCCUGUCCUGCUGCAAGAACACCACCACCUGUACCGGAAGACCAGACCAGCCAGAUCAGCUCAAUACUCAGGGAUGUGAAAUCCAGCUGGAGAAGUUCCUCCAGAGUGUGUCCGGUUACGCCUUGCUGGUCAUCUUGGGUUUUGCCAUCGUCAAGUUCUUUGGGAUUAUCAGUGUCUGUGUGAUCACAUGCCGAAGCCGCAGAAAUGACUACGAGCAGUUCUACGCAUGACCUCAACAGAGAAGCUUCUGAAGAUCCCAACCACUGACGAGGGAAGGCUCUCCUACUGACACACACACACACACACACACACACACACACACACACACACACACACACACACACACACACACACACCACCUUAUUGAAGAAACCUUUGGUCUUUGAAACGGUUUGUUGUUUUAUUGCACUGGGUUAUAAAUGUCUUUAUACAGAGCGCAUCACAUGACAUCACAUAGGUCUGAUACGUAGCUCCAUAGCAUUUUCAUGUCACAAUGCUGACCGUUGGAUUCCAAAAAUACUCUGCUACUUACAGUGAGUUCCUGUAAAUAACUGAUGGACUUAUUAUGUACCCUAUUUAUCUAUCUGUCUGGCCCGAGAGGAAAGGUGACUAGUUGUCCAUGUAUCCAUGAAUUUUAGAUUAGUGUUUGAGUUGUAGUUCACAAAAGGAGGGCUGGUGUUGGGUCACCUGAAAGCAUAUUUUGCCCAUGACUUGGUUUGGCAUAUUAUCAGUUCGGUUUUGCCCUUUAGUUGAUACCCAGUUGGAAAUAGAUUGCGGGCCAAAUACAUUCACUUUACUUUAACCAUAUGGUUAGGAAACUUGGAUGACAUCGGGAAAAUGUUUGGUGUGGAGUGGGGGCCUUUUUGUAAUGCCAGUCCUGCAUAUUUCAAGUAUGUUUGUUCAAUAUCUAACAUUACAGACACAGAUAUGGUUUGGUAGCCUUAUCACGUUAUACUUCCUUGUAGCCAGCCACCAAUUCUCAGAAAAUGUAUUCUGCAGUUUUAGAUAUCUCUCGCAGUCAACGACUGGGACAGUUUUUGGAUACUUUCCAAAAAGGUUGUGAAAUAGCAUGUUUCCCAAGCAUAACACUCCCAAUCAUAAUGUCUUGUCCAAAAAAGGUCAUUGAAAUCAAAUGCAAAAAUAUAUAUAUUUUCAUAUUGAAGAACUCCACACAGAAAAGGUCGUAAUUAAUGUGUGUGGAUAUUUUAUUAAUGUUCUUGCAAUAAUGAUUUUUAAAUGUACUUUAAGGUUAGAUUUUAAUACUGUCAGUCUGAAUGUCACUGAAAUUAUUUUCUAAAUAAAAUCAAACUGUUUUAUGACCUUAUAAUGCA